AGACACAAAGGAACAAAACACAGAACCACCUAAAACACAAUUAAUUAAUAAUGUCGUGGCAAACCUACGUAGAUGAACACUUGAUGUGUGACAUCGAUGGCACCGGACACCAUCUCACCGCCGCUGCCAUCAUCGGCCAUGAUGGCUCCGUUUGGGCUCAAAGUUCUGCAUUCCCUCAGAUUAAAUCUGAUGAGAUCAAUGGCAUCAUGAAAGAUUUUGAUGAACCUGGCUAUCUUGCUCCCACUGGCCUCCACCUUUCCGGCACCAAAUACAUGGUAAUCCAGGGAGAGCCAGGUGCCGUCAUCCGUGGAAAAAAGGGAUCUGGAGGAAUAACCAUAAAGAAAACUGGGCAAGCUUUAGUUUUUGGUAUGUACGAAGAACCUGUUACUCCUGGACAGUGCAACAUGGUUGUUGAGAGGUUGGGAGAUUACCUUGUCGACCAGGGUCUGUAGAGAU